GGGACUUGAUGACUUUGGGGAUGGAGUGGACGGCCUUCAGACUGCUUCGUUCUUGUCAGUGUCAUAAAACUGUCUCUCAUGUGAUAAACUAUUUGCCAGAGCUGAAAGUGGAGACUGGAGGUCAGACCAAGCUGUAUGGGAUCUGUAAGGAAGAGUGGCAGCAUGAACAAAACAAAACGCAUGCAGCUCAGCGUAGUUGUGAAAAAACUGGGCCCAGAAAGAGAGAGAGUAUCAUUAGGUAGUUAGUAUCAUUUACGCCAUGGAAUAAAAGGGCUGACCCAUCAUUUGUCGCCUGGUUCGAGCUCCUGAAGUGUUGCAUGCUGUUGGUUUUCGUUCACCACAGCCAGACACAGACAGCAGACCUGCUGCUUUCAGCUUCCACUGACUUCAUUCAGAGGACGCGACGAGCAGGCACAGACAGGUACAGACUCCCACGUACACACUGCGGUGGUUAACCAAGAUGAAAACCUCCCCUCUGCCUUCUGGUGUAGUCACACAAGGAGAGCGACGUGUUAUUACUGAGCAGCAGGUUUUCUCAGGGAGAGCUGCUGCAGCUAGAAGUACAAAAAACGUUUUUCCACAGGGUGUCCUGGGAUUACAUGUGCGUACACAAUGAAAUUAAAAGUGUCAGACAAUUUCAAAAAAUAUUUUGAAGUUGUGUUGUGACUUAAAGCAUGAGCUUUAGGAUUAUGGUUUGUGAACAGCAGUGGCGGCUGAGCCUUUAUUCAGUGUUGCACAAGGGCUGCAGCAUGUGUGGACUUGAUGAACGCAGCAGCACGAGUUAACUCAGAGCAGUUCAUGCUGAGCCCCUUUCUCUGACAGAUCUGUCACUUUUAAAUGUUUCUGUGGACAAACAUCUGUUUUAGUGUAUCAAAUAUAACUUGCUGCAGUCCUCUGUUGACCCUUUGUUCUCGUUUCUCGGGUGUUUACAGCAGGGUAAAGGUCUGCUCUUGAAAGUUUGACUCUAGUUUCCUGCAUGAGCUUCAGAAGUUACACUAUUAUAUAGUGCUUGUCUUUCUAUGGGUCACUCAUCUUCUGUACCUCUUCACCCAGUUUUGUUGCUCUGUGAGAAGAAACCACAGAAGUCUUCUCUGCAGUCAGAACUCUAAUUUUGCACACUUGGUGUAACGACUCAAUAUAGCGGUUUUAUGAUAUAAGAUGAGUUUGUUCUUUGCUUGUUCCCCAGUUGUUCAUCGCGUCCUGGAUGCUUGACUGAACUGUGAAGUGUCCUGAUCAGUCCAGUGUGCAGCGAGACAAAUGUCUGAGCUCCUGAUGUCUGUAGUGAAACUAAUAGUGGCCACUUUCGGUUUCAGAUGAUCUUGCGCGUUGUCACGGGCUUUACAGGUGAGGUGCUGUCUGAGAUGGCAGACAUCAGGCCGGUCCAGGCUGGAGUUUCUGUUGCUCUCUUUACUCAUUGUUACGGAUCACUUAAAGCUUUCUUCAUGAGCAUAACACUCCAGUUUUUGUGUGUUGUGGAUAUCUGGGCGUGGAUAAAAUGUUUGCUUGAAACAUAUUUGAGAUCUGUUAAUAAAGCUUGAUAAAGCUGUGAAGAUAGUGGAUGAUUUGAGUGACAAUCUUUCCAUUAUUCGCACCCUUUCGUUCAGAUGUGUUGAAAUCUGAUCUGAGUUGGUGGGAGUUUGAGAAAACCUGGUCUGUCGAGUCGAUCCACGCCAACUUCGAUCGAAUUUGAAGAAUACUUUAAAGAAAAGAACAGUUAAAUGGAGUUCUCUUAUAUAACGCUUUUCCACUGAACAGCAGCCCACAAAGCGCUUUGACAUGCAAGUCACAUUCACCCGUUCACUCACACACUCACACACCAGCGAAGGCGGCUGUCAUGCAAGGUGCUCAGUCCUUCCAGUAUGAGCCGUUUUGGAUUUAGCGUCUUGCUCAAGGACACUCUGACAUAUGGACCAGAUGGGGUAAAGAACCUGCAACUUCCUGAUUGAAAUUCAACCUGCUGUCAUGUUUUUAAAUGCAUACCGCCGCUGGAACGGACCUGCGUUUCACAGGAAGAUCAGCCCAGUACAGUUCUGAUUGAACUGUUUUUUCACUUCGUCUUCAUACUUUCAGUCAGAUUAUUCUUAAAUUUAUUUACAAUAUAAUUGCAGUUUUAUCCUGUUCAGCCUUUCAUGUAGUUUGGACUUGUCUGAUAACUGUGUCUUAAUCUCUUGGUUCUGUAACAAAGACCUGCUAUUGAGGAAUAAUGUGAAGUCUGCAUCCCAGUUCCUAACUGAUCGUCCUGCACUUUGAGACCCUCGGGUGUAGACUAGUCCCUGCAGAGGUGUGUGUGUGUGUGCGCCAUCCCAUCAUAUAUAUGGCGCAUUUCAAUGCUUCACACAGACUAUUGAGGGAGCUCCAGAUUUCCAGCUCUUGAGGAAAAUUGCUCAGACACAGCAGCCAAUGUGUGUGUUCCAAUUUCAAUACAAUAAUUGUGCUGAACUGUCCGGACGGAGCCGAACGGGAUCUCCGCUCCCUCCGCCUCCGCUCCGGGCCCGUCACGGCGCGGCUCAGACGGCUUUCGAAAAGCCGCAGGCGGCCUGUGUUGUUUCAGGGACGUGACGCGGCUUCACCCGGACUUUUUUCCUCGAAUUAGCUGACUCAUAAGCUCUCCCAUAAUAAACCGCAUUCCUACAAAUCUCUCUCAGAUUAGGCCUGUAAAAGCUUCUCACUGUGUGCUGGGAGGAAAUUGACCUUCAGCAUCACCACAUGUUUAAGCACUUUCAGUCUGUUUCCUGUUAAUAAUGUCUUUAAAUCGCAGUUAUGAGUCUUUACUGUGUGAAUCUAGUGAAAUGAGUAAAAAAAAAAACGCCGCCUCAGGGUGAGCGAGGUGAGAGGACGGUGAAGGCAUGUGCUUGUUAUGACAGUGGUGGGGGUGUUGCUUUAAAGCACGCCGUGAACUCGGAGUUUUCUCUUCUCUCUGAGGCUGGAGGCGCUCGUAUCUGUUGUAUUAAUCACAAGCAGACGCCGAGCGAGCGUCCAUCUCCUCCCCUUCAUCACCAGCUCAUGAAUGUACAUGAGAAUUCUGCUGUAUUGUUUCCACAUGCUGCGAGCGAGUCUCGGCCGGGGGCAGGACGGCGAAACGGGCCGGGGGGGGAAACGCACACAACAACGGCUUCUUCUGUGUCCUCUGGGAAUGCUGUCCGAGAGCCGAGCAGGAAGUGUGAGAGUGGUGGAAGUCGACGGAAGAGUGAAUCCGCGCCGUCUGAAGCAGGCGGCGUUCGGCCGUCUCAGCUUGACUCAGCGCUCCAGAAAUACCAGUGAAAAGGGGAACGUGGUGUUUUCACUGCUUCAUACCGAAAACUUGAUCGUCACUUCAUGACUGAGACUGUCUUCCAACGCACAGCGACAUGUCGAGACGGCAGCUCAGGGAGAACAUGCAAACUCCACACUGGAAGGCCCUGUAGAAGCCCUCUUCCUGUAGCGAGCGGUGGAGUCCAGAGGAGCCAGGAUGCCGCAGCAGAAGGACAUCGUGAAGAUCGCCAUCCAGAUGCCAGGGGCCUACCCCCAGCUCAUACAGCUGGACCAGAAAAAGCCUCUGUCUGCCGUGAUAAAGGAAGUGUGUGAUGGCUGGAACCUCCCCGGCCCUGAUAACUACGCCCUGCAGUACGCCGACGGGGUGCAGAUGUACAUCACCGAAUCGAAUCGCCUGGACAUUAAAAACGGCUGCAUUCUGCGUCUGACCAAGGCACCGGGCCGCUGUGCGGAGGACCUGUUCAAGGGCAUCCAGAGCGCCGACGCCGGCGUGCGCUGCGAUUCGCUGAAGGAGCUGGCCACCGUUUCCACAGACGUGACCUUCGCGCAGGAGUUCAUCAGCCGAGACGGACACCUGCUGCUGGUCAAGAUCGUCGAGGACUCCAACGAGAGCAACGUGAUCAUGACACACACACUGACGGCGUUCAUGGAGCUGAUGGAUCACGGCAUCGUCUCGUGGGAGAACCUGUCGUCCGUCUUCAUCAAGAAGAUCGCGGGCUUCGUCAACGCCAAGCCGACCGACGCGUCGAUACAGCAGGUGUCCCUGGACAUCCUGGAGAACAUGGUGCUGAGCAGCAACAGCCUGUUUCUGGCAGUGAAGCAUGAAGUCACCAUGGAGCGGCUCAUCGCCCACCUCCAGGUGACCAAUCAGCAGAUCCAGACUAAAGCCAUGGCUCUGCUUAUGGCCCUGCUGCAAACAGCUGGUGAUUCAGACAGACAGGACAUGUUUGCCUUCCUGAACAAGAAGAACCUCCGUCAGUACAUCUAUAAGAACAUCAUCCACAGUUCCGGCUCGGUGCAGGACGAGAUGGCCCACUACCUGUACGUCCUGCAGUCGGUCACCCUCAACCACCUGGAGCCUCGCAUGCGGAUGCCUCUGGACUGCUACAACCCGGAACAGAGGGAAAUCCUCCACAAUCUGCGUCAGGCAGCGUUCGAGACAGAAAGCGAGAACAGCCUGAGUCACGAGAGGCGGCGCUCGCUCUGCGCCAAGGAGUUCAAGAAGCUGGGAUUUUCUAACAACAGUAACCCCGGUCAGGACCUGGUGCGGACGCCGCCGGGCCUCUUAGCUCUGGACACCAUGAAUUACUUUGCGACGCGAUAUCCCGACGCCUACAGCAGGUUCGUCCUGGAGAACAGCAGCAGAGAGGACAAACACGAGUGUCCGUUUGCCAGAAGCAGCAUCCAGCUGACGCUCAUCCUCUGUGAAAUCCUUCGUAUCGGGGAGCCCCCCUCAGAGACCGGAUCGGACUACCACCCCAUCUUCUUCAGCCAGGACCGGCUGCUGGAGGAGCUCUUCUGCGGCUGCAUUCAGCUGCUCAACAAGACCUGGAAGGAAAUGAGAGCCACGCAGGAGGACUUCGACAAGGUGAUGCAGGUGGUGAGGGAGCAGAUCACCCGGACGCUGUCCAGCAAGCCCACCUCCCUGGAGCUCUUCAAGAACAAGGUCAACGCCCUCAACUACAGCGAGAUCCUCAAGCUGCGGCAGACGGAGCGGCUGCACCAGGAGGAGACGCUCGCUCCGCCCGUGCUAGAGCUGAAGGAGCGUCUGAAGCCGGAGCUGCUGGAGCUGAUCCGCCAGCAGAGACUCAACAGGCUGUGUCAGGGAACCAAGUUCAGAAAGAUCAGCAGCCGGCGGCGGCAGGAUAAACUGUGGUACUGCCGCUUGUCGCCCAAUCACAAAAUGCUUCACUACGGCGACGUGGAGGAAGACGUGGAAAACCCCCCGAUAGAAGCUCUGCAGGAGAAGAUUCCAGUCGCGGACAUCAAGAGCUUGCUAACGGGAAAAGACUGUCCUCACAUGAAGGAGAACAAGGGCAAACAAAACAAGGAGGUGCUGGAUCUGGCGUUCAGCAUCACCUACGACGUGGAGGAGUACAGCCUGAACUUCAUCGCCCCCUCCAGAACCGACUUCUGCCUGUGGACGGACGGACUCAGCGUCCUGCUGGGCCGGGAGAUGAGCAGCGAGUCCAUGCGCAGCGAGCUGGAGAUCCUGCUGUCCAUGGAGAUCAAGCUCCGCCUCCUGGACCUGGAGAACGUCACCAUCCCGGACAGCGCCCCGGUCAUCCCCAAACCACCCAGCAACUACAACUUCUGCUACGACUUCAGCCAGACCGAGCAGUAG